AUGAAAGUGAGUCUAAUAUGUUGCCUUCAUUCUCAAACUUUUCUAUCGAAUAUUAGGGUUGAGGUGCUCUCCUGGAGGAUCCUGUGAGACACUUGUUCGUGUAAAGUUCAUCAUGAAUCAAGCGUGAGUCAGACAACUUUUCCAAGCUCUUUUGGGUCAUCAUGUUCUGUAUUAUUUCGAGCGAAACUCUCGUUUCUUGUUUGUCUGCAGUUCAUAUUCAGUGCAACUUCUUCUUCUUUUUCUUCUUGUUGUCUGUCCAUGAAAAGCCCAUGUUUCCUCGUCGAUUUCUCUUCCAAAAUAGACAUUCGAUGUCAUCGUUAAAAUGCCUCGCUUUCCUCCUCUUUCUCAUCAGUACUUGUUGGCGGCUUUCCGCGUGCCCUCGGCGGUCUGUCCGCUCAGUACACACACACAUUCAUACGUACUAGCUCCCUUCCCCCUCGCCCUCUGUCCGUCCGUCCGUCCGUCCGUCCGUAUAACAAGUGUCUAUGUGUGUCUCUGUUGACCCCUUUUCUUCUCUUUCUCUCUUUCUCUCCAUCGCUCUCGUGCUUUUAUUCUUUCCUGCAUCCGAAAUACAUACUUUUUCGUUGUCUUUGUUCGGCUUUUGCAACUUUUUCAACUUAUCGAUUUUUUAUGUUCUUUUUUUCAUAGUUGCCACGGGCCGGGCCGGGCCGGGCCGGGCCGAAAUUUCCAAAACUCCGGCCCGGCCCGGCCCGGCCCGGUCGGCCCGGUUCAAAAAGCGGGAAUUCAAAAUUUGAAUUAUUGAUCGCAUGAAGCCAUUUUUUGUAGAAUUAGGGGAUUUUUGCAAGCAUCGAACAUUUAAAAACAAAUGUAUUUCUCAUAAAAAAUUCAUAAUAGCAAAAAAACAAAGAAGAAACACUAAAACUUUAGUUCGAAAAUUUUUUUUGUAAUAACGAAAAAAAAAUUUCCGCGAAAAUUUGAAUUCCCGCCUUUUUGAACCGGGCCGACCGGGCCGGGCCGGGCCGGCACUUCACCGACCCGGCCCGGCCCGGCCCGGCCCGCAUGGCCGGCCCGAAAUCUGGCAAGUCUGCUUUUUAUUCAAGGUUAACCAUCAGCGGCGAGAAAGGGUAAUCAACGAGUUUGAGGAAGACGACGAACAAGGAAAAGUGAGUGGACGAGUUGAAAUUUGAGUGAAAAUAGGUAAUUUGUUGCAGAAAAAGAUGUCGUUGUCCACUCAUUACCACGCGCACAAGCCAAAUGUGCCCAUUAUAAUGGAGGACGUCUUCGGAUGGGUCAGAGAGGGAAACGCUUUCCAAGUCGGUUUUUUUUCGGAUGAACAAUGCUUACUAUUAGAGAAUCUAAAAAUCUAAAAAAAAUCUUCGUUGAAAUGUUUCGAUCCAUAACUAAAUACCUAGUGAAGCACUUUCUAAAUACAGCUAGUGCAUUCUCAUCCGAACCGUUCCAAUUUGUAGGUGCGUGUCUGGCUGGACGACCAUGAGCACGACCUGAAUGUCGGCGACGAUCACGCAUUCUCGCUGCUCCACUGGGCCGCCAAAGAGGGCCACGUGUCGAUCGCCGAGAUGCUUCUGUCGCGUGGCGCCCGCGUAAACUCGACCAACAUGGGCGACGACACGAGCCUCCAUCUGGCCGCCGCGCACGGUCACAGACAGGUCGUCGUGAAGCUGCUCUCGAGGAAAGCCGAUGUGAACGCGACGAACGAGCACGGAAUGACGCCGCUGCACUACGCGUGCUUCUGGGGUUACGAGCAGAUCGCCGAGGAUCUCAUUCAGUACGGAGCGCUCGUGAAUGUGUGCAACAAAAAGGGGCAGACGCCGUUGGACGUCUGCCAGCCACAGUGCAAGAACAUCGUUUUGGGUAGGAAAGGAAAUGAGAAAUGAGCAUAUGAAUAAGCGGUGCAAUUCAGAAAUCGCUCACGAGAACGGUCAGGCGCCGAAUGACAGAGUUCCAUUCAAGGACACGACGUGGAAGGGAACGAAAUCGCGUACUCGUGAUGCCACACUCUCCAGAUACACUGGAGUCGAUGUCUCGUCGCUGAAUCUCAUCACCAAGGUAUUUUUUUUUAGAAAAUCUUCAACGUAAAAACUGUACGAUCUAAGCUUCCUGAAAAGAUAUCGAAAAAUUGCUCUUCAAAAAAUUUUGCACACUUUAAUCUCUACGGGCGCCUAAAUGCGUCCUUUUGAAUGCGCUUUUGAACUCAAUGAGAAUAUGCAGAUCGCCGAAUCGCACUCGGGAGAGUUGUGGCGUGGAAAGUGGCAAGGAAACGACAUUGUCGCCAGAAUCCUCAAUGUUCAGGAGGUUACCGCCCGUAUUUCCAGAGACUUCCAGACCGAAUUCCCAGCUCUCAGGUAGGUAAUCCUCAUAUUCCUCCUCAACACUUUUUCAACUCUUCAGAAUCUUCGCGCAUCCGAACAUCUGCGCAGUGUUGGCCGCAGCCAAUCAGCCGCCGAACCUCGUCGUCAUCUCGCAGUACAUGCCAUUCGGAAGCCUUUAUAACGUGCUCCACGAGCAGAGCUGUACGUCGUUCCCUCGCCAAUUCUGUGUGUUAUUCUUUGUUUCAGCUGUCGUCAUCGACCACAGUCAGGCGGUGCGGUUCGCGUUGGACAUUGCGCGUGGCAUGAGCUAUCUGCACAGUCUGGAUCCGAUGAUCCUCAGGUUCUACCUCUCCUCGAAGCAUGUCGUCGUCGACGAAGAACUGACGGCGAAACUGUCGAUGGCCGACACGAAGUUCUCGUUCCAGGAGGUCGGAAAGGCGUAUUCGCCGGCGUGGAUGUCUCCAGAAGCACUCACGCGCGCGCCCGACAACCUGAACAUCCGCGCCGCCGAUAUGUGGUCGUUCGCCGUUUUGCUGUGGGAAUUGAACACUCGCGAGGUGCCGUUCGCCGAUCUCGCGCCCAUGGAGUGCGGAAUGAAGGUGAGCUGCACUCUUGAUCCUUCAAAAAUGGAAAAAGUGAAUUUCAGAUCGCGCUGGAAGGCCUCCGAGUUCAAAUCCCGCCGGGUAUCGCGCGGAACAUGAACCGCCUGAUGAACAUUUGCAUGAACGAGGACCCCGGAAGACGUCCGAACUUUGACCAGAUUAUUCCGAUUCUUGAGAAGAUGACGCUAUAG